AUGAACUUAAUUGGAGGUUUAGAAAGGAUUAUUGGACAGUCUACGUCCAAACUUGAUGAAUUAUUCCAAAUCUAUCUGCAUCCAACACUAUUAAGUCCCCAACUUGACCCUCAACUCACCAAACUUCAUAAAUUACCAUCUAAAAUACUUCAAAGCAAGGCAAAGCCAAUAAACCUCAACAAAAAGCUCACAGAAAUAAGAACAAGAAAAGGCACAAAAAUUAUGCAAAUCAACUCUCAUACACCUGAAUUAACGAAGACUAUUGUGAAGACACCUGAACUAUCAAAGACUAUUGUGAAGACAUCUGAACUAGAAAAGACUAUUGUAAAGACACCUGAAUUAGCAAAGACUAGUGUGAAGACACCUAAACUAGCAAAAACUAUUGUGAAGACACCUGAACUAGAAAAGACUAUUGUGAAGACACCUGAACUAGCAAAGACUAUUGUGAAGACAUUUGAAUUAGCAAAGACUAUUGUGAAGGCACUUGAACUAGCAAAGAAUAUUAAUCCUGAACUGGCAAAGACUAUUGUGAAGACACUUGAACUAGAAAAGACUAUUGUAAAGACACCUGAACUAGCAAAGACUAUUGUGAAUACACCUAAACUAGCAAAAACUAUUGUGAAGACACCUGAACUAGAAAAGACUAUUGUGAAGACACCUGAACUAGCAAAGACUAUUGUAAAGACACCUGAACUAGCAAAGACUAUUGAAAAGACCCCUGAACUAGCAAAGACUAUUGUGAAGACACCUGAACUAGUAAAGUUUAUUGUGAAGACACCUGAACUAGCAAAGACUAGUGUGAAGGCACCUAAAUUAGCAAAGACUAGUGUGAAGACACCUGAACUAGCAAAGACUAUUUUGAAGACACCUGAACUAGCAAAAACUUGUCUGAACAUUUAUAACACUAGUGAGAAGUCACCUGAACUAGAAAAAGUUAAUGUGAAGGCACCUGAACUGGUCAAGACUAUUGUAAAGACACCUAAACUAGAACAUACUAGUGUGAAGGCACUUACACUAGCAGAGAUUAGUCUGAAGACACCUAAAUUAGAAAACACUAGUGUGAAGAUACUUACACUAGCAGAGAUUAGUCUGAAGAUACCUGAACUAGAAAACACUAGUGUGAAGAUACCUGAUCUAGAAAACACUAGUGUGAAGGCAUAUACACUAGCAGAGACUAGUCUGAAGACACCUAAAUUAGAAAACACUAGUGUGAAGGCACUUACACUAGCAGAGAUUAGUCUGAAGACACCUGAACUAGAAAACACUAGUGUGAAGACACCUGAUCUAGAAAACACUAUUGUGAAGGCACUUACACUAGCAGAGAUUAGUCUGAAGACACCUGAACUAGAAAACACUAGUGUGAAGACACCUGAUCUAGAAAACACUAUUGUGAAGGCACCUGAACUGGAAAAUACUAGUGUGAAGCACCUUAACAAGAAAAUACUUUUGCAAAGGUACCUAAACUACAACUAA